UUGAUACAAGCUUCGUAAAGCCAAAACCAGAAGAAGUACUAUAAUUUCAGUCACUGACUAAUCCCUUUCUCUUCUCUUCUGUAGUUAGAAAAACAAAGCUCACAACAAACAAGAAAACCCCAUUUCUCUCUCUAUCUAAUGGAUGGGGUGGGAUGGAGAAACCAGACAAAGGGUUUUCAUCUAUCUACUGUUUUCACUCACCAGCACUAAAUCUUUUUCAAGAUAUCUUCCUUUUUCCGUCAUUUCUUGUUUUUUCUACUCACUGAGAAUGGUUAAGUACUACUUUUAGAGAGAAAAAGAGAGGAAACCCAAGUCUUGUAUACCUAUUUUUGCAUUUUGUGAGUUUUUAGCUGUAACAUUGAAGGAAAAUGAGGAAACAUGGUUGGCAAUUGCCUUACCAUCCUCUUCAGGUGGUUGCUGUAGCUGUAUUUCUAGCACUUGGGUUUGCUUUUUAUGUCUUCUUUGUUCCAUUUGUUGGAAACAAAGUGGUUCAGUUUGUUCUUUUAUGUCUCUAUACUCCCCUUAUUACAUGCAUGUUCUGCCUAUACAUAUGGUGUGCAGCGGCUGACCCUGCUGACCCUGGUGUCUUCAAGUCCAAAACGUAUCUAGGAAAUGCCGGCAGAAUCAAACAUACCCCGGUCCAGGAGUCUACUCAUGGAGCAGAUUCAAUUUCCUCGAGGAAUAAUACAACUGCACGAGAGAAACAUUCAGAUGAACUGUCUGUGGGAAGAGACACUCUUGAGGAGAACAGUAUUGAAAAUGAUGCUGAUAGACUUUCCGACCGUCCAUCAUGUUGUAUGUUUUUACUGGGAUCCUGUACAGCUCUUCUCUGCAAUAAUUCAAGGGGACAUGGAGAAUCAGCAAAUCAACAUAUGAGUGAAGAUGGCAUGUUCUACUGCAGUUUGUGUAAAGUAGAGGUUUUCAAGUACAGCAAGCAUUGUAGAGUUUGUGAUAAGUGUGUCAACCACUUCGAUCAUCACUGCAGGUGGAUCAACAAUUGUAUAGGCAAAAGGAACUACCGUCAGUUUUUCACCCUCAUGCUUUUGGCCCUAAUCCUGCUUAUCAUACAAUGGUUGACUGGAAUACUUGUAAUGAUCUGCGCGUUUAUUGAGAGGAAGCGAUUCACUCGGGAGAUCACCACCAAGCUUGGAAGCAGUUUCUCUUUGACACCCUUCUCUAUUGUGGUGGCAUCUUGCACUAUUUUGGCAAUGGUUGCUACUCUACCCCUUGCUCAGCUUUUCUCCUUUCAUGUUCUCCUCGUAAAGAAGGGAAUUGGCACAUAUGAUUACAUUGUAGCCUUGAGGGAGCAGGAACAACAAGGGGUAGAAGAAGGUCAGCAGAGUCCUCAAAUGUCCCUUGCAAGUUCACGCACUGGGUUAAGCAGUGGAAGCUCCUUCAAUACUUUCCAGCGUAACGCUUGGUGUACUCCUCCUCGUUUGUUUCUCGAGGAUCAGUUUGCUGUAGUUCCUUCAGACCCCAGCAUGUUUGUGGGUUCAUCAGGAAGGAGGAUGGUACGCGAAGACCCAGUGCCUAAAAAGAAUCCUGGAGCUGUAAAAAUCAGUCCAUGGACAUUAUCUCGUUUGGAUGCGCAAGAAGUCUCGAAGGCUGCUGCUCAAGCAAGAAAGAAGUCCAAAAUCCUCCAGCCUGUAGCACGAAGGGAAGUAGGAAGAGAAAAUGGCUUGGUCAGCAGCAGCAGCAGCCAGAUGGAUCAGAUGGAGCACUGUAGUAGUAAACGGGUUCGUCUGCCAGCGGAACUCCCUUUUGGAACCAUAGCAAAGGUAUCCACAAAAGCUGCCGAAAGCAAACUUAAUGCGCUUCUCCUGGAAACUUCUACUACUUUGGCACCUCUGCAACUUGAAGCACGGAGCGCUUUUCACACAAGUCAUCCCAUGUCAGCAGCUUCGACUUCCAUAGUAGCCUCUUCUUCUUCUUCUCCUUCUCCUCAGAGUAGUCUAGAUUCACCUGAUCGUCAUCCAUUCUGUGUUUCCACAUCAGAAGCAGAAGAGACAAGAGAGCCCACAGCUCUUUCAACUGUUGGUUCCAGUUCUCUAAAGGCAGUUCUGCAGUCAAGAUUGUCUGUGAGUGAUGGGUAUGAAGCAUCAGGAGGGGAAGAUAGUGAUUGGAUGUCUUCCAGAAAUGUUCAGAGAUCAACUAAUUGGAAAUACUGAAAGCUUUGGGUUCACGAUUAAAGUAAUUACAUGGAGUUUGAGUGUGCUCUCAUUUGCUGAAAAGAAAUUUGAUGCUGCUAGUUUAUCAAGAAAGUUUGAAGGAUUUCAACAAUCAUUGGCCUCAGCUUUGCAAUCUAGAGAACUAUGGGGUUCAGGUAGAUCAUUGUAAGAAGCGAAAGAGACUGAAGUAUCAUCCGAAUCCGGGUUUGGACCACUAUGACUACAUUUCCUGUUUCAGUUCCAGUGUCUGUUUUCUUGUUAAAAAUCAUAACUGCACUUUCCUGUUUUCUUUAUCUUUAGUUAGACUGACAUGACCGACUCUACCACGAAACCAUGAUGUUUUGUUUAUCUUUAGUAAUGUAAAUUUUUGAGUGAAGUUUCUGAGUU